GUCUGCAAGCCUGCCCAGCCUGGCCCAACAAUCAUUAACCCAGGGAGACCUCAUCAGAGCUUGGCCAGCUGGACAGACUUACACACAGACCAUGGAGGAGGGGCUGGGGUGCGGAUGACCUCUGCGUGAUGUGGGAAAGCCUGGGGAGGCCUAGGAGCCUGAGAGCUGUAGAACCUCUUCCACUCUCAUAAUUAAGGCACAGAGUAGUAGUUUUGACUGUGAGUCUCUCCAUGACUCAGUUUACUUUAUCUGCCAAGCGGGGAUGAGGAUACACACCCACAUUAUAAGGUUAGGCUUAAACGAAAGGCAGCUGCAAGGGGUUAGCCCAGCGCAGGCACCUAGGCAGAAGGGCAGUUUAAGAAUAACAGAGUUGUUAUUACUGGCCUGGGGACGCCCCUGCAGCGGCCUCCCCAGCGCUUCCUGUGCGGGAGGGCACCCCUCCCCUUCCUCCGCGCUCUUCCUCCCCGCCUCCCCGCCGCCCUCCCGUCCCGCCCCGCCCAGCCCCGUCCAGUCCUGUCCCUCCUUUUUCCUCCGAGGAAACUUUCCGCUCGCUGGUCCAUCGCCCCGUGUUCGUCUGCGCUGCCGCCGCCGCGGGGAGCUGAACCGAGAGGGACCGGACGCAGCGGGAGCGGCGGGGCCCCGGGUAUAUGUGGCCGGCGGGACCCGCCGGGGCCGGUCAGCCGGGAAGCGGGACGCUGAGGGCUGGCCUGGGAACCGCACCCCAAGCAGCAUGGAUGCCCCCCGAAGGGACAUGGAGCUGCUCAGCAACAGCCUGGCCGCCUACGCACACAUCCGCGCGAACCCCGAAAGCUUUGGCCUCUACUUCGUGCUGGGCGUCUGCUUUGGGCUGCUGCUGACCCUGUGCCUCCUGGUCAUCAGCAUCUCCUGCGCGCCCCGACCGCGGCCCCGGGGCCCCGCUCCUUGCCGGGACCCCCGCAGCAGCACCCUCGAGCCCGACGACGACGAUGAGGAGGACGAGGACACGAUGACGCGGUUGGGUCCGGACGACACGCUGCCGGCCCCCGAGCUGUCGGUGGAGCCCGACGGGCCUCUCAGCGUUAAUGUUUUCACAUCAGCAGAGGAGUUGGAGCGCGCGCAGCGGCUGGAGGAGCGCGAGCGGAUCCUGCGGGAGAUCUGGCGUACUGGGCAGCCAGACUUGCUGGGCACCGGCACGCUGGGUCCCGGCCCCACGGGCACGCUGGGCCGCAUGCACUAUUACUGAUGCCCGGGUGGCAUGAGGACUGCACAGCAACUGAGCCCAGAUCUGCCCCUGCCCCCAGACCCCUGCACUGCUGCCGCCUCCUAACCCCAAUGGUGCUACCAGCAUAGGCCUCCACCUUCUAGAGGUGCCUUUUCCCAUCUUUUCAGAAGACCCUGGGGGCAGGGGCAGGGUCUGCAAGGCCACCACCUCUAGGAACUAUUGACCAAUGAAAACUGCAAUGUCAGUGA